GCCGAAUCUCUGGACUGGAGUGACGUUUCGUGCGUUGACGUCAUUUCCUCUGUGGUUGUGUUGUGCGUCCUGUCUGGUGGAGGGAGGGGACCGUGCGGACGGCUGGGAGGACAAGCGGAGAGAGAAGAAAGCACAGGGGUGCAGAAAUAAGAAAGAGGGACAAGGCCCGGGUUUCCAUCUGUCCUCGGGAUAUAUAUUAGGUUGAAUUUGAUUGAUAACUGCAUCGUGUGAAAUGUCGAACAGUCGUCAGCUCAGUGAAAGCCGGGCCAUCCCGACCAGGACGGUGCUGAUCAACGACACAACGCAGCUACCUCACGAUUACUGUACCACCCCCGGAGGCACUUUAUUCUCAACCACUCCCGGAGGGACCCGGAUCAUCUACGACCGCAAGUUCCUGCUGGACCGACGCAACUCCCCCAUCGCCCAGACCCCCCCGGCCCACCUGCCCGUCAUCCCCGGGGUGACCAGCCAGAACACCGCCAUGGAGAAGAGGAAGAACGAAGCCAACAAGAUGAACAACCACGACGGCAAGCACGGUGAGGACGCACAGUUCGAGAUGGACAUCUAGCGCAGAAGAUGGUCGGCAGAGGCGUCUGAUUGGCCCGGUACCUGUGUGGCAGUGGCUUGGCUUAUAGAAUCUCCUGCAGGCCCCUCCCCCUCUCGCUCUGUCUGUAGCAGCUGGGUUUAUAGGGAACCACCCACUUAAAGGGACACACUCACAUAGGCCCAACACAGCGCUGAAAACCUAAAAAAAAAACAAAAAAAACAACUCAAACCUGAUCUGACGCUCAUUUGAUUUCCUCUGUCAGUUACUGUAUCCCCCCCCUCAGUGAAACAUAUUUUGUCUGUUUGGGACACAAUCCUUUUCUAAAAUUACGGCAGUUUAACAAAAAUUAGUAAUGGGGAUUAAAGCAACAAGAAAGAGAGGGUUAGUGUAUUUCUGGUUGCCAGUUAGUGCCAGAGAGCUGCACUUUGAUAAGAAUUGAUAUGUCGGCCCAAGAAGUUUGUGAUUUGGAAGCCAGCUGUGACUGAAACCCAUUGCUUGUUUGAAUCUCAGUGUUUGUGUUUAGCGCACAUGCUUUUACUUGAAUUGCCGAGUUUGCUUGUCCACGUUAAAAGGAAUACGUUUCUGGUAGCACAGAUAAUCCAAUUCAGUUUAACCAUGAAAUACUGUCUCUUCUCCUUUUGGAGACCACAAGGUGUCAGGCAAUGUUGACAGUGAAAACCCUGUUUCAUGAACCCACUUUUAUUUUGGCAAUGGAACAAGGAAUGAAGUUGUAAUUCCCAGCCUAUGAUUUCUCAGUCACAAGCUAGAUGCAACAUUUUGUUUCUUUUUGUUUUUGAAAAGUAAAAGAUCACACUUUAGUGUACUUUGUAGUUCUGUUGGCAUGUUGGCUGGGUCGUGUUACUGGUGGCAGUUUGUUAUGGACCCAGUUGUUCUGUCAUCAUCAGUGAUGGCUUCCAAAUACAACUGGAGAACAGGAAACUGCAUCUGUGUGUGAUGUCAAUGCCCAAACAAGAGUUAUGGACCAAUGUCUCUGUUCAUUACGGAUGAUGGCUUUUUGCCCAACAAUCAUUUUGACAAUAAUAAUUUUGGCAUAAUUUACAGACCUAUUAUGUGGACGAAUACUAAAAUAUUUUAUGAAUUCAAUAUUUUUAAUGACCAUUUUCCCCAAUCCAGCAUUAGGCAGAGGUUUUCUAUGUUGUUUGCAAAAAUGCUCAACACCACCUCACGCAGGGAGAAGUGAAAUGAUGAUGUGAUGAAUUAUUUGUAUUUUGUAUUAUUUGUUUUUUGAAGAAGGUGGUUUGGCGCUAAAGAAUGUGAUGAAACUGUUUGACUUGACGUGCAAAUGAACGUGAAAGAAGCAGAAAACCUGGCCUAAAAUCACACUUCCAGGGACACGUAGAGCAAGCAACGGUUUUGUGAACCUUUAUUAAUGUUGAUUUACGCAAGGCACUGCAGCUUUUCUGCACUUUUGUUAUUUGUAUUAAUCGGUGGGUAGGGAAGCACUGAAAUGUCAGGUUGUUCAUAUUGGGAUUUUCCUUUUAUUUUAUUUUUUCAAAGAACGUGACAAAAUUGUCAACCAAUAUUCCUUUACAGGACAGCCAUUCCAAAUGUACAAAACAUUGGCCUAAUAUCCAACCUGAUUAUUUUUGUUUAAAUGAAAAAUGAUUGAAAACUUGAAUUUUUUCCACAUCUCUUUCUAUGCAUUCUAUAGUUUUUUUUAGUCUUUCACGCUCCACAUUUAUUCUCUCAAGCAUCGAGGCCAGACGCCAGGAACAAAAACAACACUGAAAAAAUACUGAAAAUACUGGCAGCAUUUAUCAGUAGGAAAUUUCUGAGACUGAACACUUGCAUGAAAGCUUGUGUCAUAUUUGGCAUCCAAGAUCCCACCAUGUAAAAUUGUGUCUCUGACAUAUGUCCAUAAAAACAUUUUCAUUCAAAUAUUAUUUAAUCAUAAUCUAUAAUUCAUGGAGAAUAACCUGAAGUUUUAUUUACAUUUAUGAACUGAAAUUGGCCCACAUUUUAAGAAUAAUAUAAGAACUAUUUUUGUUUAAAUGUUGUGCAGUCAUAAGCCAGUUUGAGUUGUGAGUUCAGAGCCUUUUAUUGGGGAACCUGGACUCCAGAGAGUUAUGACCUUCGUUGAGAACUACAUACCACUUCCCAAAAUAAGAGGGGUUAUGGUUUGAUUAGAUUAAUUUCCUUCUGUUUUUUGGGGGGAGUUUUUUUUCUCUAACUUCCCUUUGAGGUAAAUGAGUCCUAGGUAUAAAAUUUAUAGUGGCUAGCCACAUGGCCACAUGGUUACAAGUAACAAUUAAAGUUUCAAAUGCAUUUUUACAAAGCAUUCUUGCCACCAUGCUUCUACAGAGAGGCCUUUUUCCGCUUUGUUUCUGUGUAACCAGCAAUCUGUAGUGCUAAAAAUAGAGCAUGUGGAAAAAAACUCAAACGCUGAAGACCUUUCAAGAUUUCCUGGCUGUAAGUAGCAUGUACAGAUGGCGUUUUCGUAAAAAUGUGGGGUUUUUUUGUUUUGUAUUUUUUCGCUUGAGGUAGCACUACCCUUCCAUGGUCCUUCAGUAGAGACAGUCAGAGGCACAUUAACGCACAAUUUAGGGGCAUAUUCAACUAUAUUUAGGAGCAAUAUUGAAGCGUAUUCUGUAUCAAUGACUACACAUUCUGGAUCUGGAGCAUCAUAUGAAAACAUAAGCUGCACACCAGGUUUUUUUUCCAUGGACAUCAGCUCCUGAUAUGCUUGACGUGCAACCGAACAGGAGCACUCCCCAUGUGAAAUCCUCAUUGGGCCUUACUGUAGUUUAACCUGUUCACUCACCAGUCAGUGUGCCUAAGCCUUCAUCUUUCCACCGUUAGCCGCUAAGUCCUUCAUCCUUCUCGCGGUUUCAUCUUCUGUUGAGCCUGAGAUGAACGUUAGAGCUUUUGAGUGUUAAUCAUCGGAGUGAAUUCAUAUAUUACAACAAAACUCUCAUUGUUUAUUUUUUUUCUGCUACUGAAACCAGUUCUCAGUUUGACUGUGUAUGGUUGUAAUCAUUGCUAUUACUUGGGUGCAACUGCUCGUUCGAUUGGAAACCGUUAUUUUAAGGGUUGCCGAUUUUUGUUUUCCUGUUAUCACUCGAGGUUGACAAGCACCUUAUUGACGAAGCUUCAGUAUGCAUUUGAUACUGAAAAUGUCCACUUUGGCAUAAUAUUAUCCCUUUCAGAAUGGAAUUAGAUUUUUGGAUUAAUAGGUUUUUUCCCGAGGCACUUCCAGUGUUGCUGUGGAAACCAGCUCCUGACCUUUCUGCACGCUGGGUUUCUGAAAUUAUUGGAAACAUAAUAUCAUCUGAUUUUAUUUUAAAUUUUUGUUCUGAGUAAAAAAAAAAAAGAAGAAAUCAAUAAAAAGCCUUGUAACUAAACUGUGUAUGCCAAGAGAAUGCCAAUGCCAGUGCGCACUGUUACAACAAGAUCAGUGAAAUUCCUUAAUAAAAAAAAUAAAAAAGGAUGUUACAACUA